GCGGUGGCCACGACAUCGUGAUGCAGCUCUUAUUAGCCUUGGGCAGGGCGAAUCCCGAUCCGCCGCCAAUCCCUAGUUCAAACAGCGAGUAUUCGACUCCCAUGCUGGCCGCCAUUGGGCAGGAGAACAUCAAGGUCGUCAGACUUCUUCUCGACCAGAACGACUUCGAUCCCACUCGGCGCUUCAAAGGGGAGACGUACUACGAAAUCGCGAGGAGACGGCGCGGACCGAAUUGGAUGGACGAAGAGCAAAUGUUGAAAGAUGCAUAUGACGAAUAUAGGAAGUCGCACAAGGACGCAGCAAAAAACCGAUCCCCCAGCCAGCGAGAUCAAGACCGCGAGCCGAGGCGCAAGACCGAGGCGAAAGACGAGGCCCCGAAGCCCCUCAAGAGGAAGAAGAACGUCAGCGACGGGAAGAGGAGGAGCGGCGACGGCUGCAGGAAGAAGAAAAGAAGAGAAGGGAGGAAGAGGAGCAGAGGAGACGAGAAGAGGAGGAGCGAAGGCAAAAAGAAGAGGAGGAGCGGCGGAGGCGGGAAGAGGAGGAGCGGCGGAGGCGGGAAGAGGAGGAGCGGCGGAGGCGGGAAGAGGAGGAGCGACUACGUCGAGAGCAACUGGAGCGCGAAGCGGCGGAAGAGGCGCGGCGUAAACGUGAAGAGGAGGAGAAGAAGGAGCAAGAGCGCAAAGAGCGUGCUCUCCGAGAGGAAAUUGAGCGCAGGCGAGCAGCAAGAGAGGCCAAGGAAGCCGAGCAACGGCGAAUACGCCUCGAGCAAGAGCGUGCGCGCCUAGCGAAGUUGCCGCCAGUCUUGCGGUGGCUUGACUGCGCCGUCAACCCCAAGCUCCCCGAGGUUGCGGAGAAGUUCAGCACCAUGCAAGGCGUGCGGUACGACUGCAUCAAUCCGGAGGCGGAUGGCACCCGCGAUGGCAGAGAGCAAUGGUUGCUGAACACACAGGUUGCGCUUCUCCUCGGGGAGAAGGACUGCCAGCUAUCGCGGUACACUGCGUGGGCCCGGGUCCCUGUGACGCCCGUCGCGAAGCGAGCCAUCUGGCGGCUCGAGUCGGAUCGAUACGCGCUGACAACACCGGCCCUCUUCGAGCUCGGCGAACAGCUUCCGGACUACUACAAAGGACAGGACCCGCGUAGGAUGAGCUAUCGCAUGCUCGAGAGCCUCAGAGCAGACGCUUGGGAGAGGUUCGCGGCAAUGGAUAUGUUCUUUGUCAAAGCUUCGGAUUUUUUAUACAUCAUCCCCACGAUACAACACCUCCGCAACGUGAAGCUCACAAUGGCAUAUUGCGAACUUCCGGAGAACGAUAUGCAGUGCAUACGCUGGGUACCUUACCAGAAGUGGAGGCACGACCCGGAUGCUGACGGCCUACACGGGUUUGCGCCAGGCAACAAGCAUUAUAUCAACGGUGAGCUCGCCUCUGAAGACAAGCCGAGUUUCAGGGAGGCAAGGGCGACGCCUUUCCCGAGGCAACGAAUCCCUCGUCGCGGCUUUGUCGCGGUUGCUCCUGAUGAUCCAAGCUACGACAAACAUAGCAAGGAUCAUGGCCUCAACGGCUCGAUUGUUGAUGGCGAGUCGCCGCUCUUGGCCAAUGGAGGGCACUCAUCGCCUAUGAGCGUUUCAUCCCGAACGGCGACGGCACCGAUGAACGGCGUGGAAUCACAAUCGCCAACAUUCAAUACGAAUGCAACGGGGGUAGCGACGCCCGAUGGAUCCGGCAACCAGCUGGUCUCUCCGUCCUCCGAGGCGGGACCUGCGCAAGCUCGACCUUUGGUUAACGGCCACCACAGCCCGCCCAUUGGCACCGAAUAA